AUGAACAAGAAUCUAAUCUUAACUGUCUCAGUUAUUGCUUCGCUUGCUAACGCUAAUGCUCAUGUGAAAGCUAACCAAAUCGGAGAUCAUGAUGAUGGCUUUCAGAAUAGUCAUAUGACUUAAGCGAUUCAAACUCUUGCUGCUGAAACACUUGGAGGUGAAUACCAAAGAAUAUAUGAUUUUACCAGUGGAUUCCUCUUUGGAAGCUCAUACUCUGAAAAUAAAGAGUGUGUUAAAAAUCUCAAUUCGAUCACUUACUAUGGUCUCUUCGUCCUACAAGGAACUCAGAACUUCAAAUUUUAAAAUGCUGUUAGUAUUAAUCUCAAUGUCAACAAAUUUACUGAGGCUACUGGCAUAUUUACCAGCGUCUGCGAUAUCAACCACAUGACUAAAAUUUUUUCUGAACUAUCAACCUUCGAAGCUACUCCAUGGGUCAGAAUGGGAAGCAGAGCUUUUGGUGUUGCUGUAGGAAGUAUUUGGGCUGCUUAGAAAGACAUCAACUAAGGUAUUAAGGAUGGUAAUUGGUACAAGGUUGGUAAAACCUCAGGAAAGCUCUUUAAAGAAUUGUUCGAUUCAGCUCUUUGA